UAUAUAAUAAUUGACGCAACGUCCACUGAAAUCUAUGUUGUGCUCGGAAAGAGAAAUCACAUACGGCCACGUUUCAUUACCAUUGUGUGAAACCAAUGAAUCGCUCCGUGAAAGUCGCAGUGAUAGGGGCAGGUGUUUCUGGCCUCGUAGCAGCACGUGAGCUUCGACGUGAACGACACCACGUCGUCGUUUUCGAGCAAAACGACCGAAUAGGAGGAAACUGGGUCUACGACCCGAGAACCGAAUCCGACCCUUUAUGCGUUGACCCGAACCGAGAAACCGUCCAUGGCAGCCUCUACGCCUCCAUGCGCACCAACCUCCCAAGGGCACUCAUGAGCUUCCGCGAUUACCCGUUUCUGAGGUCCGAAUCCGACCCGAGAACGUUCCCGGGUCACGAAGAAGUGCUCCGUUUUCUGGACGGGUUUGCGGCCGAGUUCGGGAUCCACGAGUUGACCCGGUUCAACACGAGGGUGGAGCGAGUGGAGGGAAGGAAGAACGAGUGGAUGGUUGAGUACUUGACUCGGGGAUCCGAAUCGGUGACCCGAGAAGUGUUCGAAGCGAUUGUUGUGUGUUCGGGUCAUAAUACGGAAGUGAGAGUUGCAGAGAUUCCAGGUAUCGGAAACUGGAAAGGGUACCAAAUGCACAGUCAUAACUAUCGUGUACCUGAACCCUUUCACAACCAGAUUGUGCUUUUAGUUGGAUAUGGACCUAGUGCUUUUGAUAUUUCAGUAGAUAUUUUACCCGUGGCAAAAGAGGUUCACAUAGCAUGCAAAGAGAAUCGAUUUGGUGUGAAGUUUGAACGUGUAAAAUACCAUGAUAUGAUAAAAUGUGUGAAUGAAGAUGGCUCGAUUGCCUUUGAAGAUGGAUCAUCAAUUUUGGCAGAUACUAUAAUCCACUGUACUGGAUACAAAUACCAUUUUCCAUUUCUUGAAACCAAUGGAAUUGUAACCAUUGAAGACCAGUGUGUUGGGCCAUUGUAUAAGCACAUCUUUCCUCCAGCAUUAGCUCCUUGGCUCUCUUUCAUUGGUGUCAUCAGUAAGGAACCCAUCUUCCUUAUUGUUGAAUUGCAAUCAAUGUGGGUUGCAAGAGUUCUAUCUGGUAAGAUUCUGUUACCUACAGAAGAGGAGAUGAUGGAUUCUGUUCAAUAUAUCUAUCAAGAAAUGGAGAAAAAUGGCUUGCCCAAAAGUUGUGCUCUUUCCCUUCGUCCAUUACAGGUUGAGUACAAAAAUUGGUUAGCUGCACAAAUUGGGUUGCCUCCUUUGGAGGAGUGGAGGGAAAAUUUGUUAGCUGAGUGCUUCAAGAUAUUAAUUGAAUUGCCGGACAAAUACAGAGACCAAUGGAAUGAUGCUUAUUGGGAUGCCAUCAUUCAAACUACAUCUGCUUCCUAAAAUCAAUUAUAAUGCUAAAUUCUUUUACCACACCAAAAAAGAAGAUUGUAGCUACAUUCAUAUACAGGUACAAAUAUUCAAAGUUGAAUAUACCCGGAU